CUGUGUCACAUGGCCUGAGCAGGUGCCUCACUUCUCACAAUCGACACACUCUGUUCGAGGCAGUCGCACGGAUCAAACAGACUCGCGACGAGGCACUGUUUUCAAAAUGGAUUCCUCACCCUCCCCAGUACAGCUGAUGUCAACAUUUCUAAAGUCAACAGAAAUACAGGUUGGCAUGGUAACCUUCAUGGUGUCAUUGCUGGCAAUCAAAGCGAUGAACAAGAUGACUUCCGAUCUAAAAAACCCUCCCCCUGGUCCCUGGGGAUUCCCCGUUAUUGGACAUCUCCCCCUAUUGGGAAAGGACCCCUACGUGACUUUCAUGAAGAUGAAGGAAAGUUUCGGGAACAUCUUCAAGAUCCAGAUGGGUAGUUGGCCGGCCGUGGUUGUAAAUGGCAAGCAGGCUAUCAGGGAAGCUCUACAGAACUCAGGCGAGGACUACGCUGGAAGACCGCAGUUCAUGUCGGCAAAAAUUGUCUCCAACGGUCAGAGCAUAGGCUUCGGGCUGUAUGACGAAACAUGGAAGCUUCAUAGAAAACUAGCCAACAAAGUUCUGACGGAGUUCUCGAACGCCAAGUCAAAUCCUAUAGAAGAUAUGAUUCAUGAUGAAAUAGACACUAUCGUGGAUGACUUCAUGUCUAUGCAGGGAGCAACAUUCAACCCGCGUGAAUACGUCUACCUCUCCGCCGGCAGCGUCAUCUUCCAGCUGUGCUACGGGAGACAACAAAACAUCAGGGAGAACAAGGACUUCGCCGAGUUCAUAUUAAACUCAGCUGCUUUCACAGAAUUCGUCAGUGCAGGAAACCCAGUUGAUGUUAUGCCGUGGCUCCGCUUUCUCAUGCCCUGGAAACUGAAACAAUUUAGAACUCUCAUCGAAACAAGUUCAAACGCAAGUCAAAAGAAGAUCCUUGAACACAAAAAUACCUUCUCCAGUGAUAACAUGCGAGAUAUCACUGACAGAUUAAUAUCCGUGAGUGAGGAAACCCCUAAACUGUCAAAGGAAAGGAUUUUGAUGACGAUUAAUGACUUGUUUGGGGCAGGUUUUGAGACAACGGCUUCAACCCUCUACUGGAUGUUACUGCUAAUGGCCGCUAAUCCAAAAGUUCAGAGACGGGUCCAGGCUGAACUGGACGACGUUGUAGGCUGCGGAAGACGACCCAGUAUCUUGGACAGAGGUCAGCUGGUUUACACAGCUGCAGUGCUCCAUGAGAUCAACAGGUUUGUGUCACUGACACCUCUCAGUCUGCCUCACUUCACCACCACUGAUACCAGUCUCGGGGGCUACAGUAUCAACCAAAACACCGUCGUCUUCAUCAACCUGUAUUCCAUGAGUCACGACCCGGAAGUAUGGGGUGAUCCACAUGUCUUCCGACCGGAGCGUUUCCUGGAUUCUUCCGGUGAGAUCAACAAGUCCCUCCUGGAGGAGUUCCUUCCCUUCUCCACUGGUCGGCGGAAGUGUUUGGGGGAGUCUCUGGCUAGGAACGAACUUUUUCUUUUCUUUACUGGAGUCCUACAGAAAUGUAGCAUCAUUCAGCCUCCAGAAGUGGAGGAAUACAGCAUGAACGUGAUCAGUGGACUGGCGCGCCAAUGUGAGCCCUACCAAGUACAGGUGCAACUCAGGACCUGACUCAGCAAUCUUCUCGUGGACAACAACCUGAAAUUCAAAAGCUGGGCACUGAACAGACUCCUGGCAUCCAAUGCUCACCUGCUGUUUCAAUAGAUCCAUGGGAUGGACAAGUCUGUUUUGACCAAUACUCUCAUAUUACACUGCUACGUCAUGUGUCGCGUCGGGCAAGUAUGUUAGUUGAUAACUCUUACACAAAUGAAGACAUCACUUCAUCUUAUUUACGUUUGUUUGGUUCGUUUGGUUAACGAGGCACUAAUUCAGUAUAACCGUGAACCAGACAAUCCAGUGAUUGAUAUUGUAAUCCACGCCUUCGUUGCAAUCAGCCGAGUCACUGAACCUGACCCUGCGACCCAUCCGGUCGUCUCUCACUUCCAGCUUCCUGACGGGGUCAUGUUGAAUCCAUCCUGUCGUCUCUCACUUCCAGCUUCAUGGCGGGGUCAUGUUGAAUCCAUCCUGUCGUCUCUCACUUCCAGCAUCCUAGCCGGGUCAUGUUGAAUCCAUCCUGUCGUCUCUCACUUCCAGCUACCUGACGGGGUCAUGUUGAAUCCAUCCUGUCGUCUCUCACUUCCAGCAUCCUAGCCGGGUCAUGUUGAAUCCAUCCUGUCGUCUCUCACUUCCAGCUUCCUGGCGGGGUCAUGUUGAAUCCAUCCUGUCGUCUCUCACUUCCAGCUUCCUGGCGGGGUCAUGUUGAAUCCAUCCUGUCGUCUCUCACUUCCAGCAUCCUAGCCGGGUCAUGUUGAAUCCAUCCUGUCGUCUCUCACUUCCAGCUUCAUGGCGGGGUCAUGUUGAAUCCAUCCUGUCGUCUCUCACUUCCAGCAUCCUAGCCGGGUCAUGUUGAAUCCAUCCUGUCGUCUCUCACUUCCAGCUUCCUGGCGGGGUCAUGUUGAAUCCAGGUUGACACAAUGAACUCCGAAAUAGUCUAAUUACUCUGAAGGCAAGAAUCAGGUUAAAUAUGUUUUUAGUAAACUAUGCAGUAGCUGCCUCUCGGCGACAUCGUGGUAUACCGCUUCUACAUGUACAGCUACACUGACUACAACGUCCCCGGUAUACAGAUGCUCGUGUAUAUAUGAACUGUUGCUGGAACAACUACCACAUACAUGUGUGCAGGGCAUUGUGAAGGAGACGUGGUGGUAGUUGGCGGCAACUUCAUUAGAACACUGAAAGCUUUAUAUGUAUCUGAGACGAGAAAUACUUGUCAUAUGUAUCUGAGACGAGAAAUACUUGUCAUAUGUAUCUGAGACGAGAAAUACUUGUCAUAUGUAUCUGAGACGAGAAAUACUUGUCAUAUGUAUCAGAGUCGAGAAAUACUUGUCAUAUGUAUCAGAGACGAGAAAUACUUGUCAUAUAUCUGAGACGAGAAUUGUCAUCGUUGCGAUAAACUAUAAUAUAC